CCCCAGUGCCUGGACUACAAGCCGCCCUUCCAGCCCCCCAGCCCGACCUUCUGCCCCGAGUACUCAGCCUUCGGCUGCUGCGACGGCCGGCGGGACGCCCAGCUGAGCGCCACGCUGGGCAGCGUCCUGGACCCCGCCGGCCUGCAGAGCUGCGGGCGCUGCCUGCGUGACCUGGUGUGCCAGGAGUGCUCGCCCUACGCUGCCCACUUGUACGAUGCAGAGGACGUGAGCUCCCCAGUGUGGGCCCUGCCCGGCUUGUGCCCCGCGUACUGUGCAGCCUUCUGGCCGCGGUGCCGCUCCGUGCUGAGCCUCCUGACUGAGGACCCUGCCAGCCUGGCGCUGGAGGGCGACCGCGCCCGCUUCUGUGGCGCCCUGGAGCUGGGCGACCCCACCUACUGCUACCCAGCAGUGCUGGGCAGCGUGGUGCUGAGCCAGGGGCUGGGCCGGGUGCGGGAGGGCGCCCGCGGCUGCCUGCAGCUCUGCCUGCGAGAGGUGGCCAAGGGGCUGCGUAACCCCGUGGCCAUGGUGCACGCCAGGGACGGCUCCCACCGCUUCUUCGUGGCCGAGCAGCGGGGCUGCAUCUGGGUCUUCCUGGCCAACGGCUCGCGGGCCGCGCGCCCCUUCCUGGACCCGCGGGCGGCCGUGCUCACCUCACCCUGGGCGGGCGGCGAGCGGGGCUUCCUGGGCCUGGCCUUCCACCCCCAUUUUCACGCCACCCGCACCUUCUACGUCUACUACUCCGCCCGCGCCGGGCCCCACGAGACCAUCCGCGUCUCCCAGUUCCGCGUCUCGGCCCACGACCCCAACGCUGACGACCCCCGCUCCGAGAGGAUCCUCCUGGAGGUGCUGGAGACGGCGUCGAACCACAACGGGGGGCAGCUGCUGUUUGGGGCUGACGAGCUGCUCUACAUCUUCACAGGGGACGGGGGGCGAGCGGGGGACCCCUUCGGGGCCUUCGGCAAUGCCCAGAACAAGUCGUCCCUGCUGGGCAAAGUGCUGCGGAUUGACGUGGAGCCGGGGCCCGACGACCCCCCCCACCGCAUCCCGCCCGACAACCCCUUUGUGGAGGAGCCAGGGGCCCGGCCCGAGGUCUACGCCUAUGGGGUGCGGAACAUGUGGCGCUGCUCCUUGGACAGGGGUGACCCCACCAGCGGCGCCGGGCGCGGACGCAUCUUCUGCGGGGACGUGGGGCAGAACAAGUACGAGGAGGUGGACGUCAUCGUGCCGGGUGCCAACUACGGCUGGCGGGCGAAGGAAGGGUUCGCCUGCUACGACCAGGCACUGUGCACCAACGCCUCGCUCGGUACAGUCCCGCCUCGCACCCAGGGCGCCAUGGGCCGGACGGACCUGUCCCCUCGAGGGGCGCCGGCUCCCAUCGGCCCCAGGCACCUUGGGGCGGGAGAGGGAGGCUGCGUCAAGCGUCAAGGCCACUACAUCUUUGGGGACUUCAUGAGCGGGCGCCUGAUGUCGCUGCGGGAGGAGGCUGGCUCCGGGCGCUGGCACUACAAGGAGCUGUGCACGGGCCAGGGCCAGACCUGCGCCUUCCCUGGCCUCCUCAACCACCACGUACCCCACAUCAUCUCCUUCGCCGAGGACGAGGCCAGUGAGCUCUAUUUCCUCGCCACGGCCAUCCCCAGUGCAGCCGUGCCAGCUGGGAUCUUGUAUCGGAUCAUGGACCCCUCCAGGCGGGCGUCCCCCGGACAGUGCGAGAUCAGCCCCGUGCCCGUCCCCAUCCAAGGGAAGCUGAUUCCCUUCCGCCCAACAGAAGCCAGUGAUGGAACCCAGGAGUCCUGGCUCUCAGCCCACUGCUCUAACCCACCCAAUUCUACUGUACCCUGGGUAAUGUUCAGGAUGUAGCCGUCUCCAUGGGGCACCAGCCCGGCUGCCUUGAAAUGAUGCCCCCCACUCAGGUACCUGCCCACAGUGUGUGUGUGUGUGGGGGGGGGUUCCGGUAACCUUUUGCAUGAGCACUGUGUGCCUCAGUUUCCCCCAGUCAUGACACAGUGACCUCGGUGGUGGGACAGGGGAUGUGAUUUUUGCAGGGACCCAAGCGGGCAGGUGCAUGGGCCGGACUCUGUACCCUAACCUGGCAGCUGAUGACUGGGGCUCUCUCCCGGGAGCCAGCCGGCAGCGCGAGAGGUGGGGGCCACGGCGUGUUUGCCCAGGAGGAGGAGGGGCAGCAGGUGUGUUGGGGCUGGGCUGCUCAGUCUCCUGGCUGGGACUGUCGGGGGGGGGAAGCCCCCCCCAGCCUUUUCUGUAACUUCCUGCUGCCUGUGCUACCGAGAUCUGUCCUCCGCACUGUCCUGGUGACUAAUAAACCUGGUUUCCACGCUGGCUGAGUCACAGCUGCCUCGGGAGAUGGGGGCAGGGCCCUUUGGGGGGUGCAAGGCUCCCCCAGGCGUCCCUGUGGGGUCCAGGGGGCUGAAAACUCCCAGCUCAGACCCGAGCAGGCUCCGUGCCCUGGUGCCAGUGCCCUGAGGGGAGACGCGUCAGGAUGACAUCGCUCAGAGCGUGCCCCUGAGAACCCCCCCAGAAGUGCCCCCCAGGGCUCCCCCUGCCCCCCACUCACCGGUGCUCUGAGGGGAGAUGUGUCAGGAUGAGGGUCCUGCCUGACUUUGCUCGGAGUGUGCCCGUGAGAACGCCCCGGAGCUGCCCCCGCUCACCGGUGUCCUGAGGGGAGACGUGUCGGGAUGACGUC